CCCAACAGUACACCAGUCUAUAAUAUGGUAUUGGUUUUGCAGAUAAGCAGUUAACAGUUGGAAACAAUGGAAGCCACAAUCACUAACCCCAAACUCACCCCCUUUCACUCUCUCUCCUCCAAUCUCUCUCCACCAUUUUCUCUUAGAUUUGCCCCCACUUUCCCAGAAAACAGCAGGAAGAAACCCAACUUUCUCAGACAAUCAUCUUCUUCUUCACUAUCCCACAUUCCUUUAAGAGUGUCUGCAAAUUCUCAAGCAGCACCUGCUUCCACACAAGCCACUAAAAUCUCUUCUUUACCUUCUGAAAUGAAAGCUUGGGUAUAUGGUGAAUAUGGAGGUGUUGAUGUUUUGAAGUUUGAUGAAAAAGUUUCUGUUCCUGAAGUUAAAGAAGACCAGGUCUUGAUCAAGGUUGUUGCUGCUGCUCUUAAUCCAGUUGAUGCUAAGAGAAGGCAGGGCAAGUUUAAGGCCACUGAUUCUCCUCUUCCGACUGUUCCAGGAUAUGAUGUUGCUGGGAUAGUGGUAAAAGUUGGGAGUAAAGUGAAGGAACUAAAGGAGGGAGACGAAGUUUAUGGUGACAUAAAUGAGAAAGCUUUAGAAGGGCCUAAACAAUUUGGGUCAUUGGCUGAGUAUACUGCUGUUGAAGAGAAGUUACUGGCCCUGAAACCCAAGAAUUUGGAUUUUGUACAGGCUGCUUCACUUCCGCUUGCCAUUGAGACAGCAUAUGAGGGUCUUGAAAGGACUGGUUUUUCUGCUGGUAAAUCUAUCCUUGUUUUGAAUGGUUCUGGUGGUGUUGGAAGCCUAGUGAUUCAGCUGGCGAAACAUGUAUUCGGUGCUUCUAAAGUUGCAGCUACUUCAGGCACUAGAAAUCUGGAGAUUUUAAAGAGCUUGGGAGCAGAUUUGGCUAUUGACUACACCAAAGAGAACUUUGAAGAUCUGCCAGAAAAAUUUGAUGUGGUCUAUGAUGCCAUUGGGCAAUGUGACAGAGCCGUGAAGGCUGUGAAAGAAGGGGGCAGUGUAGUGGCAUUAACCGGAGCAGUCACACCCCCUGGUUUUAGAUUUGUAGUCACUUCCAAUGGAGAUGUCCUGAAGAAACUAAAUCCAUAUUUGGAAAGCGGAAAGGUAAAGCCAGUGAUUGAUCCUAAAGGGCCAUUCCCGUUCUCCCAGGUUGCCGAGGCUUUCUCUUACAUUGAAACAAACCGAGCUACGGGCAAGAUAGUUAUACAUCCAAUUCCAUAAGAAAGCAGUAAUAGGGCCUUUUUGUAAUGCAUUAAUCCCCCCAGCAAAAGUUUGUAUUAAGCUGCAGAAGUAGAGAGUCUGAUCUUAUAUAAAUAAUAUAUAUAAGAGAUUUCAGGUUCGGAA